AUGACUUCGGGGAAGUUUCGCAAGCCUCCGCAGGCCCCCCCGAGCUUCACGGCAACUCCUGAGUCGCUGAUGAAAGAAACAAAGGACAUGUUGGCUGGUUCCAAGAAGAUUACAGACGACAUUGUGGCUCAAAUUUCGCAGCAAGAUGCGACUUUUCAAAAUGUGCUUCUUCCCAUGGCGCAUGACGAGAACCAGCAGACAUUGAAAGCCCACAUCCUAGGUUUCUACCAGUCUGUCUCCACCGACCAGGCACUGCGGGAUGCUUCAACAGAGGCCGAGAAACUCAUGGACGACUUUAGUAUUGAGGCUGCUAUGCGGGAGGACGUCUUCAAUCUGGUGGACGCGGUGCUCAAGAAGGGAGAGAAGUUGGAUCCCGAGUCCCAGAGAUUACUAGAAAAGGAGCACAAAGCCUUUGUACGGAAUGGCUUGAAUAUUCCAGCAGGGCCAAAACGGGAUCGGUUCAAGGAAAUCAAGAAGAGACUCAGCCAGCUGGGCAUUGCGUUUUCCAAAACGCUGAAUGAAGAGAAGAGCGGUCUGUGGUUUACCGCCGAAGAUCUCAACGGUGUUCCUGAGGAUGUCCUCUCUCUGUUGAAGAAAGAAGGGGACAAGUACUGGUUGACCUUCAAAUAUCCAGAUCUAUUCCCUACUCUCAAAUACGCCACAAAUAGCGCCACCAGACGGAAAGUCUUUGUUGCUAACGAGAACAAAUGCAAUCAAAACGUUCCGCUGUUCCGGGAAGCUAUCCUGCUCAGAGACGAAGCCGCUCGCCUGCUUGGGUAUCCCAAUCAUGCUGCCUUCAGGAUCGAGGAUAAAAUGGCAAAGACCCCCAAAACGGUGGACGAUUUUCUGGCUGAUUUGCGCAGCCGAUUAACCCAGGGAGGCCUAGAUGAGAUUGCAACUCUUAAGAAGAUGAAGGAAGAAGAUCUGAAAUCUCGCGGUGAGGAAUUUGACGGCCGCUAUUAUCUGUGGGACCACCGCUUUUAUGAUCGGAUGAUGGAGGAGAAGGACUACCAGCUGGAUCAACAGUUGAUUUCGGAAUGGUUCCCGCUGCAAACCACGAUCAAAGGCAUGCUUGAGAUCUUCGAACAAUUAUUUGGCCUUGUCUUCGUGGAAAUCGUGGGCAAGGACCGAGACACGGUUUCACCAUCCGGCAAGGGUGAGGAUAUUGUGUGGCAUGAAGAGGUGCAGGUCUUCAGCGUCUGGGACGAUGAAGGCGAAGGUAGUGGAUUUGUGGGCUACCUAUACCUGGACUUGUUCCCUCGUACUGGGAAAUAUGGACAUGCGGCCAACUUCAAUCUCCAACCGGGCUUCGUUCAACAGAACGGAACGAGGAGGUAUCCAGCCACAGCUCUCGUAUGCAACUUUUCCAAACCCACGGCAAAGAAGCCCAGUUUGCUGAAGCACGACGAAGUCACCACUCUCUUCCACGAACUCGGUCAUGGCAUCCACGAUCUCGUAUCUCGUACAACCUACUCGCGAUUUCAUGGUACCAACACUGUGAGAGACUUUGUCGAGGCACCGAGCCAAAUGCUGGAGAACUGGUGCUGGACACCAUCUCAGCUCAAAUCGCUGAGCAGACACUACUCGACUCUGUCGUCCGAUUAUUACGAGGCAUGGAAAGAGGCAGCUGGUGGAUCGGACGCAGGGAAACCCGAAGAACGCAUCCCGGAUGAUCUGAUACAGAAACUGAUUAAGACGAAGAACCUCAACGGCGCCCUGUUCAAUCUUCGUCAAUUGCACUUUGGCAUCUUUGACAUGGCGAUACACGAGCCGAAAGAUCACAGCAGUCUCGAAGAAAUGAACAUAUCUGAGACAUACAAUGCCUUGAGGAAGGAUAUUAGCAAGAUUGACGGGCCCGAAGUGUUUGGCGAAGGCAAUAGUUGGGGGAACGGACAAGCCACCUUUGGCCAUUUGAUGGGUGGUUAUGAUGCCGGCUACUACGGCUACCUCUCCUCCCAAGUCUACUCCACGGACAUGUUCUAUACGGUCUUCAAGAAGAACCCCAUGGAUCCCAAAGAAGGCCGCCGCUACCGACAUACGGUCCUCGAGAAGGGCGGCAGUCAAGACGAAAUGAAGACUCUGGUCGAUUUCCUCGGCAGGGAGCCCAAAACAGACGCAUUUUACGAGGAGCUCGGACUCACAAAGGGAACGCAAUCAGGGGUCGGCACGAGUUGA